GAGGGCAUCACCUCAUUAAAGAAUAAUGAUCAAGUAAUAGAAGGAAAUGCAUGUGAGUGGAUUAAUUUGGACUUAUUUGUAACUAUCUCAUCCUGUUAUAUUUUGAUAUUGUUUCUCAGAUUUAAUUUCUGUGACUUUUAUGUGAAGAUUGGGCAGUAGUGUGAAGUUGGCAAUGAGAAACCACUCCGCAAUAACAACAUUCACCGUACUGGGAUUGACAAAUGACCCACAACUACAGAUUUUGAUUUUCAUCUACCUGUUUAUCACAUAUAUGUUAAGUAUAAUUGGAAAUCUGACUAUCAUUUAUCUCAUCUUGGUGGAUUCUCAUCUAAAAACAGCUAUGUAUUUUUUUCUUCAAAAUUUCUCCUUUAUAGAAAUCACAUUCACAACUGCAUGUGUCCCCCAAUACCUGCACAUUAUAUCAUCUGGGGAUAGAAGCAUCACUGUCAAAGCAUGCUUUACCCAGAUAUUUUUUAUUGUCCUUUUUGCAGCUACAGAAUUUUUUCUCUUGGCCGUCAUGUCCUAUGACCGCUAUGUGGCCAUCUGCAAACCACUGCAUUACGUGACCAUCAUGAAUAACAGAGUCUGCAGGAUUCUCAUCCUCUGUUGUUGGGUAUCUGGAUUAUUGAUUAUCCUUCCAUUCCUUAAUUUGAGCCUCCAUCUGCAAUUCUGUGACUCUGUCAUUGACCAUUUUUACUGUGAUGCUUCUCCAUUGCUGAAGAACUCAUGUUCAGAUACAUGGUUCAUAGAGCAGGUUGUUAUAGUCUGUGCUGUGGUGACCUUCAUAAUGACCCUUGUGUGUGUGGUUCUGUCCUACAUAUUCAUCAUUAAGACGAUUCUAAGAUUGCCCUCUGCCCAGCAACGUAAGAAAGCUUUUUCCACCUGUUCUUCUCACAUGAUUGUCGUUUCUAUCUCCUAUGGCAGCUGCAUAUUUAUGUAUAUCAAACCUUCGGCAAAGGAUGAAGUGGCCAUAAAUAAGGCAGUUUCUCUACUCGCUACAUCUGUUGCCCCUUUGUUGAACCCCUUCGUUUAUACCUUGAGAAAUAAACAAGUAAAGCAGUCUUUCAAUGACAUCCUCAAAAGAUUUGCAUUUCUCUCAAAGAAGGAAUAG